AUGGGUGCUGAAGAAUCAAAGCCACAAAGAAAAAUAAGCAUGGAUAAUUCAAGAAUAGUGCGAGACUUGUCCAAUGUAUCAGACGAUUCUAGCCUAUGUGACCUGAGCUCAGAAAAUUCAUACCAUAAGAAUGCAACGAAUUAUGAAACCAAAAGACCUACUACCAGUGAAGAUGAUCUCACUGAAAACUCAGAUUUAAGCUAUGAGCUUGAAAGAAAAGCUAAUAUUCAAGUCCAGAAUAGAAGCAGACAACUAAAAAGAUCUAAACGUAGCACUUCAAAUAACUAUUUUAAAAACUUAUUGAGCAUAAACCAUAAGUCUGCAUUUGUUAUCCAGAAUGCUUACAGACGCUAUUGUAUCAGGAAAGCCAAGAUUGAUACUAAAAAGGACAAGGAUGGUAUCAUUCUACUAUUCGGUGCUUCUAUUAACUCAACGAUCACAUCAACUUCGGAUUUUAACCAAUGAAAACAAAUGUUAGAACUGUCAGAUCUCCCUCUUGAGAUAAAGGACUUAGGGAUUAAUUCAGGCUAUCUUCAUGAAGCUGAGCAAUACGGGAGAUCCCAAGACCUCCCAUUUGUUAUUAUCAAUGGAAUCAACAUUGGAGGGUUACACGAAUUGAUCAAUAUUGUUGAUCUCAAAAUUCUCAGAGCUAUUUUCAAUAAAGAAUAUAUUAACCGUUGCUUGUUAUGAAAUGCUACAAGGAUUAAUGAAUCAGCAGAUUACUGAAGUAACUGCUUCAAAGAGCUCCUAUGGUUCGCAAAAGCUCCUUACAAAGCUACUGAAAUCAUCGGCAAAGCUCCAAAGCCUCCAUCUGAAAACGAAUCUGAUCUUGGCGACUACAAAGAAAAUGAUUUCUUAAGUUUUUACGAAGAUAGUAAUAAAUUGAACAAGACCGAAAUCAUCACCAAGAAGCCUUCAAACAACAAAGCUCUCGCGAAUAUUGAGAACAAUGACAUGGUUAUUGGAGGUAAUCUCCUUUCAGAAUUCAUGAACGCAGAUCAUAGCUUUGAUUCAGGAACAGAUGAAACCUCAAGCGUCGCAUAAGCAAUUAACAGAUAUAUUUUCUAUAUGAAGU